UGUUCAGUUCCACUGCCUAGUUCUCAGAGAGUGGGGCAGGAAUCCACUUUCUUUCCCCUGAAGGAAGCCAAGACCAGUGUACUUGGGGAUUUUAGGGCACAGCCGAAGGCCUGGGUUUCUGCGGUUCGAGGGAAGAAUUUCACAAAGUACAGGAUUGAAAGCAGAGACUGUCAAAGGCUGAGGUUUGAGGAGGGAGGUGUGACCAGCUUCUUGGUGUGCAUCAAUCUGGUCAAACCCAGAUCUCUAGCAACCCCAAUCCUGCCGUUUCCCACUUCUCUCAUCCUCCAUUGAAUGAAUGCCAAGCCUCUUCCCUCUAGGGGCGGAGCCACCCACUCGGAGUGGCUUAAAACCCUAAGGCCCGAGUCCGGUGUGGGAAAUAGCCCUGGCAUGGCCCUCUGGCUCCUCACUCUGUGUCAGCUCCAUGGCCAGUCCUGUGGAGGCAUCUCCAGACUGUGCCAGGGGGUUGGGUUCCCAUCGGAGGAAGAGGACCACUUUCAGUGUUGGGCAGUUGCUGGAGCUGGAACGGGUGUUUGCAGCUAGGCCCUAUCCUGACAUCAGCACCCGUGAGCACCUGGCUCAGGUAACUCACCUGCCUGAAGCCAAGAUCCAGGUGUGGUUCCAGAAUCGCCGAGCCAAGAGAAUCAAGGACAGAAAGCCAGGAUCCCCAAACGCCAGGCUGGAUGUUCCCCCAAACUCCUGUUGUCUUCCAGUCACUCCCCAGCUACCUUGGGACCCUGGAACACCAAGCCAUCCUUUACACCCUACCAGUUCAACUCAGGAUUCUCCAGCAUGCCCACCACAGACCUCCUGCCUAGCCACCAUUUUGGGUCCAGGGCAGAGUUUGUCAAGGGCUAAAGCUGCAGCCCCAUGGGGGACAAGUGGGGCUUCAGGGGUUCAUUCUUCUUUAGAGCAAAUUGUUCCUCAGACUUCACUGGGCAACCUGUCUGACCUUAUCUAUACCUCAGCCACUGUCACCAACGUAGACCACUCCUAAUUUAGGUGUAGAGCUUGUAAGACUUGGCUUCGGCCUUGUAGCCCAGUGUUUCUCCUAGGACCAAGCACAUUAGAGAACCCCUGCCUCUUUUUGCACAGGAGUACUCUAACAGUUUAGCUCAGGGACCCCCACCCACAGCCUCCACCAGCCUAGUUGAAGUCCUGUGCAGUGACUAGAGCCUGGCUCCUAUAACUUGGCAUCCUGGUCCUCUUGGGGGCAUAUGCCCAUUGUCUCAUCAGGAGGUACUGUCAAAGUAAGGGACUUUAUUUUCCACCUUUACUGACAGGUUUGGGUCCCCAGCUCCUAUUAUCUCAGUUGAAUGAUCUCUUUCCUCUAAAGGGGCAGCCACCAGUCUAAGAAGGCCCUUCAGGACCUCACAUGUGUGCCAGGGGAAGGGUACUGGACUGCUGGGACCCACACUUUCAUGGUUCAGGGCCCCAUUGUCUGACUUCCUACCACCUGGACAAAUUAAUCAGAACUGUGGAUUUGAAGAGAGUGAUAUUAAAGUCACAGAAAUAGAAGCCUGGGUCUAAGGUUGAUUGAAUUUCCCCAAAGAUCAGAUUGAUUGCCCUCUGAUGUGGGCUGCAGGGACAACUGAACAGAACUGAGGUGGGGGAGGGGUUGGUAUCACUGUCCUCUGUAAUACCAACUAAUCUCCAAAUAAAACAAAACUCUUUGCUUUAAUCUGGA